UCCGUAUAAAAGGCCUCGCAGAAUCUUUGUAGUUGAGUGAUAUUCGAAGCAGAGACUCGAGUCUGAGUGAAAGUCUUUGUAUUACAGUCUGUAUAGAUCGAGAUCUGCUGAGAUUGUACAGAGUGAAUCAGAUCGAGUUUAAACUGAGAUUAUUGGAUACAGACAGUUUGAUAACUGUGCAUUAAGAACAGAUCUGUCAGUAUGAUAACUCCAGACACAGUGUCUAUAGUGGCGAGAGAGGUGCGUCUGGAGGUUUAUCUCAACGGUGUCUUCUACACCGGAGACAGUUGCUUUGUAUUAGAUGGUAAAGAUGUGCAGCUGGAGCUGGAGAUCACCGAUGCCAUCUACGACCUUCUCGGCUUCAGCGGUAAUCAAGAGAUAGAUGUGAAGCUGCAGGUCAUGACGGAUGACCACAUCUCCGUCAGUUCCUGCAGUCCAGGAGAGAUGCACGUACAGCUGGAGACUGACGAGAAUGAGCACAUGUCGGUGUGUGAGGUCAAAGAUCUGCAGCUGGAGAUGAACAGGAACAGCAUCUCGGAGCUGAAGAGCCCUGAGCCGGUGUCUGAAGAUGAGAGCGAUCCAGUCCCAGCAGGAGCUUCAGGAGAACAAGCCCUGGAUGAUGAGGAGAACCGCUCAACAGAACUCACCACUGGGCAGAUGACCAAGAACAUUAGUGCAGUCUUCCAGGGAUUUUGUGCAGCUUUCCAGGGAAAAAUGCCGAACCCUGUUGGGGAAGCUGAAGUGGAUCUGAUUGGUCCAGAUGGAUCAUAUGUCCCAGAUCCAAGUGCUCAUGAGCCAGAAUCUGAAACAUAUCUGGUCGAUUCUGAGCAAUCGUGUUUCACUGAAACUGAUCUGGUUGCUCCUCCAGAACCUAAACUGGAUCCGGUUGAUCCAGAGGAAUCAUGCGUCAGCCCGGAAGAAAAUACCAGCACGAUGAAGAAUAAGAAAGUCCAUGGCUUCGUCAUGACCAAGAGAACGGAAUAUGCUACAGUGAGGAACAUAAAGAAAAUCAGCACUUUCCUCCAGAACGACAGGCCGAAGCAUGUUGGAGUCUCAGCGCGGCCAGAUUUGGAGCUGAACGUUCCUGAUCCAGAACCUGGAGAGAAUCCGGAUGAUCCUCCUGAAGAUGAUUGGGAUCUGGCUCCUCCACAGGAAUCAUGUGCACCAGCUGCAAGCGUUCCUGAGCCGGAAUCUAAAGUGACAUCUGAGCUUUCAAUGUUGGAAAACUACGUCCCUCUAAACGUGUUCCAACUGGAGGAUCGUUUGGAGAAAUACACACCUCUCAAACAAAGACACGUGACUAACGUCUGGCCCAGGCUCUUCAUCGGAGAUGAGUGA